AUGACCAGCCUGUCGAAGAACAAGUUACUCCAGAAAGACAAAAUACUUAAUGAAACUAAAGAUUUGUUUAUGGACAUGCCCUCAACAAGCACUGGUUUAGGUCUUUUUUCUCUGAAACAAGUUGUUCCCUAUCCAAACGCACCGCAAAAACAAAUUAAGCAACAGAGUAAAAAUAAAGGUAAAACUGUCAUAUUAAUAAGCACCCACUAUAAAGAAAAAUUGGAGACAUCUCUAGAUACCAGAAAACCAAAAGUUAAUGUUAAAAAUGUUAACUCGAAGACCAAGAUUAAGUCACUAAAGCACAAAACCGUAAAAAAUUGUCUCAUAGCUGCGGAAAACAUAGUAAAUUCAAGACCACUUACUUAUCUUCCAAUAGAAUCUAAAGAAUCUGAAUCUCUAACUCCAAAUCAUUUUUUAAUUGGAUCUUCAAACGGAGAUAAACGAAUUGGAUUUUUAAACGAAGAUAUUAAAGUAUUUAACUUUAAUUAUUUAUACAGAGAGCAAUUUGCAAAUAAAUGUUGGCAAUGCUUUAUUUCUGAAUACAUACCUGAACUACUACUUAGGGCAAAAUGGCAUAAACUAGUUGUACCAAUUAAAGAGGGCGAUAUUGUAAUUAUAUGUGAUAAAGAUUUACCAAGAUGCAAUUGGCCAAAGGGUGAGGUAAUUGAAGUUAAAGAAUCACCUGAUGGUCAAGUGCGACGAGCAAUAGUUCAAACAAAAAGUGGAAUAUAUGAACGUCCUGUUAUAAAAUUAGCGGAAGCCCUGAAUAUGGUUUAUAACGAUAACAUUGAUCUCACCGGCAUAUAUAAAGGUCCAACUGAUCCAAAUGUUAUGACUGAUGAAGGUUCGGCUGACGAGGAUAAUAGUGGAUUUGUAGAUAACCUGUCCCGAAAACAAUUAUUAGCAGAAGCCGAGCUGAGUUAUUUUGAUGGUGCACCAGAAGAAAAUAGUAUGCAAAUAAAAAUAACUUUAUAUUUAUGCUGUGAUGAAGUAGACAUACCGAAACACCACUGUCUUCUUGUCUACAAAACUACUGAACGAAAGCACAACCAGUGUUUGCUUACUCAAUAUGAUGAAUUUGCAAAUACUACUCAAAUAUGA